GAGCGCGGCAUGCAGCACCCCCUGGCUGGCCCGGUGUCUUUUGACCUGCUGUUGACUGCUCCCAGGAGGCCCUGACGCCCUGGGGCACUUUUGCUCUGCACAGGACCACGUUGGGGUUUGCCAUGGUGACAUAAAGGGGUGUAGAGGAAGGAAGGAGCAAGACCAGCCUGUAGACUGUGCCCCUGGCUGGGUGAAAGGGCCAGGGGCCCGGAGCCUUCUCUCCACUGCCCUCUGAACGUCUCACUUCCCAAGUCUCUGCAUUUCUCAGUCAGUGGACAACUUUUGGAACUCCUGUGUGAGGACUUCGGGGGACCAGGCCAGGCUGGGCCUCUGCUGGUUGAGGUCCCGGGGGCCAGAAUGCCUGCCCUGGCGUGCCUCCGGAGGCUGUGUCGGCACCUGUCCCCACAGGCUGUCCUGUUCCUGCUGUUUGUCUUCUGCCUGUUCAGCGUGUUCGUCUCGGCCUACUACCUAUAUGGUUGGAACCGGGGUCUCGAGCCCUCGGCAGAUGCUUCUGAGUCCGACUGCGGGGACCCACCACCUGUCGCCCCUAGCCGUCUCCUGCCAAUCAAGCCUGUGCAGGCGGUCGCCCCUUCCCGAACAGACCCGCUGGUGCUGGUAUUUGUGGAGAGCCUCUAUUCACAGCUGGGCCAGGAGGUGGUGGCCAUCCUGGAAUCCAGUCGCUUCAAGUACCGAACAGAGAUUGCACCGGGGAAGGGGGACAUGCCCACACUCACGGACAAGGGCCGCGGCCGCUUCGCCCUCAUCAUCUAUGAGAACAUCCUCAAGUAUGUCAACCUGGAUGCCUGGAACCGGGAGCUGCUGGACAAGUACUGUGUGGCCUACGGCGUGGGCAUCAUUGGCUUCUUCAAGGCCAAUGAGAACAGCCUGCUGAGCGCACAGCUCAAAGGCUUCCCUCUCUAUCUGCAUUCGAACCUGGGCCUGAAAGACUGCAGCAUCAACCCCAAGUCCCCACUGCUCUACGUGACACGGCCCAGUGAGGUGGAGAAGGGCGUGCUGCCCGGAGAGGACUGGACGGUGUUCCAGUCUAACCACUCUACCUAUGAGCCAGUGCUGCUGGCCAAGACGCGCUCCUCGGAGUCCAUCCCACACCUGGGCGCAGACGCCGGCCUGCACGCUGCCCUGCAUGCUACUGUGGUCCAGGACCUGGGCCUCCACGACGGCAUCCAGCGUGUGCUGUUUGGCAACAACCUCAACUUCUGGCUGCAUAAGCUCGUCUUCGUGGAUGCCGUGGCCUUCCUCACAGGGAAGCGCCUCUCACUGCCUUUGGACCGAUACAUCCUGGUGGACAUUGAUGACAUUUUUGUAGGCAAGGAGGGCACACGCAUGAAGGUGGAGGAUGUGAAGGCCCUGUUUGAUACACAGAAUGAACUUCGUACACAUAUCCCAAACUUCACCUUCAACCUGGGCUACUCAGGGAAAUUCUUCCACACAGGUACCGAUGCUGAGGAUGCUGGGGACGACCUGCUGCUGUCCUAUGUGAAAGAGUUCUGGUGGUUCCCCCACAUGUGGAGCCAUAUGCAACCCCACCUCUUCCACAACCAGUCUGUGCUGGCUGAGCAGAUGGCCCUGAACAAGAAGUUCGCUGUCGAGCACGGCAUUCCCACAGAUAUGGGGUAUGCAGUGGCGCCCCACCACUCUGGUGUGUACCCUGUGCAUGUGCAGCUGUAUGAGGCCUGGAAGCAAGUGUGGAACAUCCGUGUGACCAGCACAGAGGAGUACCCGCAUCUGAAGCCUGCCCGUUACCGCCGUGGCUUCAUCCACAAUGGCAUCAUGGUCCUCCCUCGGCAGACCUGUGGUCUCUUUACACACACCAUCUUCUACAACGAGUACCCUGGAGGCUCCAGUGAGCUGGACAAGAUCAUCAAUGGGGGCGAGCUCUUCCUCACUGUGCUCCUCAAUCCUAUCAGCAUCUUCAUGACACACUUAUCCAACUAUGGGAAUGACCGCCUGGGACUGUACACCUUCAAGCACCUGGUGCGCUUCCUGCACUCCUGGACCAACCUGAGGCUGCAGACACUGCCCCCUGUGCAGCUGGCCCAGAAGUACUUCCAGAUCUUUUCUGAGGAGAAGGACCCGCUUUGGCAGGAUCCCUGUGAGGACAAACGCCACAAAGACAUCUGGUCUAAGGAGAAGACAUGUGACCGCUUCCCAAAGCUGCUCAUCAUUGGCCCCCAGAAAACAGACUUUGGUCUUAAGUCCUGUCUCUGGGCUUCCUGCAGGUACAUGGAGUUCUUCCCUAUUCCCUCCAACACCACCUCUGACUUCUACUUUGAAAAAAGUGCCAACUACUUUGAUUCAGAAGUGGCGCCACGGCGGGCAGCUGCCCUAUUGCCCAAGGCCAAGGUUCUCACCAUCCUCAUCAAUCCAGCUGACCGGGCUUACUCCUGGUACCAGCACCAGCGGGCCCAUGAUGACCCAGUGGCCCUAAAGUACACCUUCCAUGAGGUGAUCACAGCUGGCCCUGACGCAUCCUCAAAGCUGCGUGCCCUCCAGAACCGAUGCCUGGUCCCUGGCUGGUAUGCCACUCAUAUUGAACGCUGGCUCAGCGCCUUUCAUGCCAACCAGAUCCUGGUCUUGGAUGGCAAACUGCUGCGAACAGAACCUGCCAAAGUGAUGGACACGGUGCAGAAAUUCCUCGGGGUGACCAGCACGGUUGACUACCAUAAAACCUUGGCGUUUGACCCAAAGAAAGGAUUUUGGUGCCAGCUGCUCGAAGGAGGAAAAACCAAGUGUCUGGGAAAAAGCAAGGGACGGAAAUAUCCAGAGAUGGACCUGGAUUCCCGAGCCUUCCUAAAGGAUUACUACCGGGACCACAACAUUGAGCUCUCUAAGCUGCUGUAUAAGAUGGGCCAGACACUGCCCACCUGGCUGCGGGAAGACCUCCAGAACACCAGGUAGCCUUGGCCACCACAGCCAGACAGAACGCUUGUGUUAGCAGGGAUGUCCUGCCUCACACUGAGCCAGACUGACCUGCCUCGAAGGAUGCUGGCCCCAGCCAGCCAGAAGCAACGAGCAAUACCCUGCUAAGGCCCACCAGAGCCGGAAGCCCAGGCAGGUCUGCAAGGCCUCAGAGCAUCCACUGCUGGAUGUGUGGCUGUGGGACCUCUGUGGGACCAGAGGUCCAUUCCGUUCCUUCGCAGCCUCCCUGCCUGGGGAGAGCACUUCCUGUUGGUGGAAGGUCAUUUCCUGGUAGGAGGAGUCCUGGAGACUCUCUCCUGUCCCUCACUGUGUUCGACCAGUCCUGCCCUGUCCUGUGUCAUACCACCCCUGCUCCAGCAGGAUGUCCCCUCAGUAUUAGCUGUCAUAUUUCUCUGUCCUCCAGACAGUAAGGGAGAGGAGCGCAGCUGGGCCUCUCGCCCAACUAGGGAGAAAGACUGGGCAUGUCCCUGAGGGUUUUGAGCCAGGCCCCGCCAGGGUUUAGGUAGGCACCCAGAUGCACUCAUAGAUUGAAUGUGAGGGUGGCCAUCUUGAGAGGACAUACGACUCAGUAUUUGGGUUAUUAGUAUCAAUCUCAUCUCCCCUUUGGGGGAAAGACUCUCUGGUCCCUAUCGUAUCCACCUAGUGCUCAUGGUCUCUUGUUGGCCCUGGGCCACUGCCCUGCCACUGGGCCCAGAGACAUGGGCCUUGGCCCUGUCCUGUUCACCUGGAUGUGACCUGUGGUGUUUCCUGUGGUAAAGGCUGAGGCGAGUCAGGAGUCUGCCAGUGUUCAUACUCCCAUGUACAUAUACUGUCUCCCAGCCACCGCCUCGGCCCGGCAGGCAAGCAGAGUCAGCAGCACUGCUCUCUACUGCUUUGCCUGGCAACCUGUGGCCGAGGGUCCCCAGAGACCCCCAACCUCCCAAAUACUAAGAAGCUAAAGUAUUUUAA